CCCACGCGGCGCCGCGCUGCGUCCCGGCUUCCGGUCGCGCUGCGUCGCGGCUUCCGGUCGGCCCAACAUGGCGGCGCCCAUGUGCAGCCCGGGGCUCCGGCGGCUGGUGUUGCCCUGGAGCCGGGAGCUGCCGUGCGUCUGGCGCGCCCUGCACACCUCCGCGGUCUGCGCCAAGAAUCGGGCGGCCCGAGUCCGAGUGGGCAAGGGGGACAAGCCAGUAACCUACGAGGAGGCACACGCGCCUCACUACAUCGCGCACCGCAAAGGCUGGCUGUCGCUGCACACAAGUAACCUGGAUGGGGAGGAGCAUGCUGCAGAGCGGACAGUGGAAGAUGUCUUCCUCCGCAAGUUUAUGCUGGGCACCUUCCCAGGCUGCCUGGCUGACCAGCUUGUCCUCAAGCGCCGGGCUAACCAGCUGGAGAUCUGUGCCCUGGUCCUGAGACAGCUGCCCGCACACAAGUUCUACUUCCUCGUGGGCUACAGUGAGACCCUGCUGUCCCACUUCUACAAGUGUCCUGUGCGUCUGCACCUGCAAACUGUGCCCUCCAAGGUUGUGUAUAAGUACAUCUAGGCCGUCUGCCCUUUCUGCUUCAAGCUCUAGCCUGCAAAGGACAGAAACCUGCGGGAAAGGGCUGAAGUAGAAAUGGGGGAAGUAGGUCCCAUCGGACUACUGAGGCUUUGUUUUCAAAGUUGCCCUCGAAUAAAUAGACUUUUUCCAUGUU